AUGCCGGCACACCCCACGGCCCUGCUCGCCAUCACCAGCACGGCCAGCACUGUGGUGAAUGCCGUGGAAAGCUGGCAGGAUCCUGCUGGGAGCGGUGCCAGCCCCGAUGUCCCGGCCCGGCAGCCCUCGGCCGAGCCCCCGGAGCCGCCCCGCGCAGAACCGGUCCCACCGCCAGAGGCCGGAGAGCCCUCGCGCCCUUCGCCGAGGCCGAUUCCGGCGGCGCCAUCGGCAGAGCCACGCCCGCCCGCCCGCCCCGCCGUGCCCAGGAAGGAGAAACCCCUGGAAGAUGAGGAGUCCCCAAAAGUCCUGACCAAGGGCCCCCGGGCUGAGCUCGCAGGCACUCCCAAAGCUGUGACAUGCCAGCCCCAGGUGAGACCAGCCCUGCAGCCCCCCGGGCCCUGCACCCACCUGCUGCAGAACGGGCGGGGGCUGGACCCGGGCGGUGCCAACGGGGACGCGGGGAACGGGCUCUUCCGACCCCUGCCCAGCACGCAGAAACCUCACCGAAAGCUGCAGUCCCACCAGUCCAUCAACAGCCAGAACAGCAAGAAGAGCAAGGGCAGCUCCAAGUCGGCCUCUUCCCACAUCCCUAUUGAGGCUCAAGAAGAUUGCUGCGUCCACUGCAUCCUCUCCUGCCUCUUCUGUGAGUUCCUGACCCUCUGCAACAUCGUUCUGGACUGUGCCACCUGCGGCUCCUGCACCUCCGAGGACUCCUGCAUCUGCUGCUGCUGCUGCAACUCGGGCGAGUGCGCGGACUGCGACCUGCCCUGCGACAUGGACUGCGGCAUCAUCGACGCCUGCUGCGAGUCUGCCGACUGCCUGGAGAUCUGCAUGGAGUGCUGCGGGCUCUGCUUCUCCUCCUGAGGGGCUGCUCGGCGGGGGGACCUGCGGUGGGACCCCCCCAGGCCCUCCCGCAGCGGGUGAGGGUCCCUGAGCCGCUGGGAAACGCUGAAAGACAGAGCCUGGUGAAGGAGGAGAGCAACAUCCCCCACUGCAAACCUCAUCCCCUGGAGCUGGUGAGCCAGACCUGGAUCCCGCCUGGGGAAUGGUGAAUCCGUAGGGCCGGGGGGACUCCAGGGGUGGUGGCAUCCUGUCAUGCUCUACCUCCUCCCCACAGCGGGCGGGUUUGUGAAGCGCGGCGGGAGCCUCCUGCCACCUGAGCCGAGAGCAGGAGCACCCGUCCUGCAGAGCCCGCAGGUGCCACCCCAGCUCCUGGCCCUGGGGACAGCCUGUCCCGCUGCCACCACCCAGGGCUGCCCCAGGACAGUGCUCCACUGACAUGGGGGUGGCACAGAGCAUCCCCUUCCCCCAGGACACCCCCUGCCAGCCCCCCGUGGUGCUGAGAGCAGCAGCCAGGUGCAAUACAGGCAGCCUGUCCCCUGCCUGGGAAGAAGCUUUUCCUGCCCCGGCCCCUGCAGUGGGAUUGGAGGGGGGCUGGGGACACCCUGGGGCUGUGCCAAGCUGUUCCUACCCCCAAGUGUCCCGGGGCUGGUGGGGCAGGGUGGCUUGGUAGGUGCCCAAUGACCCCCACCAGUUGUUGGCCCUAUCCCACCGUCCUGGGGAGAGGGAUCUUGGCUGGGUGGGGAUGGCAGACACCCCAUUGAAGGGCUGGGG